AUGGAGUACGGGCUGGGGAUGUCUGAGGAGGCUGUCCGCCAGACACGCAGCCAGAAGAGGGCGCUGGAAAGGGAGGCUGCUCCGCUAUCUGGCGAGCCCUCCAGUCCCGACAAUGACAGCAAAAAAACUAAACUGGACCCGUCUGAACCCACAUCAGGGGCACAAACUCCGCCCACGUCUGACCUUUUACUGGCACAGGACGUUGAGGGCCGGACUACACCCGGAUCAGACCCCGAGAUGGAGCAGGAGCCCGAGCAGGGCCCGCUGCCAUUAUCGUUAGUGCUACCCUUGGUUCCCCAGCCAGUGAACUAUGACAAGGAUCGAUCGCCAAAGCAGAUGGUUGAACCCAGCCCAGACAAUCGGACUGACUGCAGUGACGGGGCAAGCAGGACUAAGACUGAGCCGGCCACGGACGCGAGGAACCAGGUCCGACAGAUGGAGCCCAAGGCGACCGGGGGCAUGCUGACGGCGGGCGAAGUAAAGGCCACCAUAAAAGUCGAAGUUCAGACAGAGCAGCCUGUGGACAUGAGCACCACCAGAGGUAUCAAGAGGGAGAAGCGCCCUCCAUCCCCUGAAGAUGAUGAUGUCAUCAUCUUGUCAGAUAACGACUCCCCCAGUCCUCCGGUGAACGGCCUGAGCCACUUUAAAGAGCUGGACACGGAGCUGCUCAUGAAGAGCAGCCCAGCGGAGAGGGAGCAAAUCAUCAAACAGCUGAAGGAAGAGCUGAGACUGGAGGAGGCCAAGCUGGUGCUGCUGAAGAAACUACGACAGAGCCAAAUACAGAGGGACACUCUGCAGAAGCCCUCAGGUUUAUCUGGUUCCUCUGCUCCUCCUCCUUUAAUCAGAGGAACCAUUACAAGCAAUAAAGGCUCUCUGCAGAUUUUGUCAGGAAGGAGUUCAGGCACUGUCAUCCCCCCCCCUCUGGUAAGGGGAGGGCAGCAGGGGUCAUCUAAACAUGGCUCCCAGAUCAUCAUGCCUCCUCUGGUCAGAGGGGCACAGCCCAUCUCCGUGUCUCCACAGCAGAUCCAGGCUCUCCGCCAGCAGCAACAGCAGCAGAUGGCUGCCACUGGUGGCUCAGGGUCAGGGCCCCCCCCUCUGCUGUUGGGCCCCAGGACGUCGGCCCCUGCAGGCCAGGGCCAGAGAGGCAUGGUCCAGUCAGGACUCAUCAGAGUGGGCAGUAAUGCUAACACAUUGGCCUCAUCGUCAAGCUUGAAGGGCUCCUCAGGAAGUGUGUCUGUGGUCAGCAUGAACGACUCUCCGGCCAGCCGCCAAGCUGCAGCUAAACUGGCCCUGCGGAAACAGCUGGAGAAGACCCUCCUGGAGAUCCCCCCGCCCAAACCACCUGCCCCAGAGUUUAACUUCCUCCCCUCAGCAGCCAAUAAUGAGUUCAUCUACCUGGUGGGACUCGAGGAGGUGGUACAGAAUCUCCUGGACACCAUCCACAGAGGAAAGACGGGUUUUUCACUGUCCAAGCCGGUGGUCAGAGACCCCUUCAUCUGCACCCAGUGCAACACUGACUUCACCUGCCGCUGGAGGCUGGACAAGAAACAAGGCGGAGCAGUGCUCUGCGAAGACUGCAUGUCGUCCAAUCAGAAAAAGGCGUUGAAAGCGGAGCACACCAACCGGCUGAAAGCCGCGUUCGUCAAAGCCCUGCAGCAAGAGCAAGAGAUCGAGCAGCGCAUCAUUCAGCAGACGUCCUCAGCGGCCUCCCACAGUACCUCGUCCUCCUCGUCUGCCUCUUUAUCGAUGAAGCAGGAGCAGCUGGUGUCUCAGCAGCUGAAGCAGGUUCAGGCCAGAGUGUCCUCCCUCCACCACCACCACCAGGUCAGCCAGGGAGUCAACCUCAUUCACCAUCACUCCAUCAAGCAGGGCUCAAAGGGCCACCUGUCCCACGGUGUCUCGUCAGUUGGGGUGAGAGGCAUCCCCCACUCCUUCUCCUCCUCCUCCCAGCUGCAGAGUGCUGUGGCGGCCGCCGCUCUGGUCAGCCGGCCAGGUAAGCACGCCCAUGUGUCCCACCGCUCUGUCCAGAGUUCAAAGGUGAGCAGCAGUGGGAUCAGCGGCGGCAGGAAUAUCAGCGGAGGUAGUGCGUCAUCCAGUGCAUGGAAGAAGCAGAGCAACAGCAACACAGGGGUGACGAUGGCCUAUGUCAACCCCAGCCUGACGGGUCACAAGACCUCAGCCACCGUAGAUGCCCGUCAGAGAGAAUACCUAUUGGACAUGAUCCCCUCUCGUUCGUCAAUCUCGCAGACUGCAAACACGUGGAAAUAA